CAGUACCUGUCAAAACAAAACAACAGCGUAGAUCAAUGCCUGUCGCUGAUUCUCUUGAUUACAUCUGAUGUCUGAAUGAAUAUAACCACAUCUUCUGGGCUGGGACCCUCAUUGGACACACAACCAAGCAGUCAGGAUGGAUGCUGUAAAAAGCAUCACCACUCUCCUUCUAGUCCUGGGCAUUACAAGCAAUGUGAUUGGUCAGUUGGUGAGAGUGAACAAUGGUCUGCAAGUUCCCAUUGGUCGAUCAGUAACCCUUGGACAAGAUGACUUGGUGUUUGAGCCUGUGGAGGAAGGAGAGAAGUGCAAGGUCGAGGUGGCGCUCAAUGAACCCUACUACCAGAAAGUUGGCCUUUUACAACCAGAGGUGUUUGAUUGUGAGUUUCUGCCUGAGACGAUCAAGUACACCCAUUCUGGACUACCAUACUUGGACCAGGAUGUGGUCAAGUUACGGGUCUACAAGUUCACCGAGACGGACACAGUUUCAGAGACAGUCUACCUCAGGGUCAACAUCUCCCAGGAAGCAUAUCAGACUGUAAGACCAAUGGGACCUCUCCAAGUAGAGCGCUUCUUUGGAAGUUCAGAUCUGAUUGAUAUGAGAGUCCUGGAUUUGGCGUACGAGCGCUAUAGAAAUGUGUCGUGCACUGUGCACAUCAACACGGUUACAAGUGGAUUUCCGAAAUAUGGGGAGCUGACAAGAGGAGAGGGUGAGGAGAAGCAGAGAGUUAGAGCACUGACGGCAGACUGCUACGAUUUCAUGAUGGGGAUGAUACGUUAUGAGCAUCUGGUGCCUCCGACUCCGAACGUAGACUACAUUGCGAUGACUAUAACCACGAAUGAUCCAUUGCUGAUUGAAGGGACGUCUGAGGAAGUUUACUUCCUACCUGUGGAGAUCAUGGAGGCCUUCCAGAAUCAGCAUCCUAUUGCAGCCAUGAUGAGUAUGUAUGUGAUGGAGGCAGAUCAGUUCAUCCUGACUACCAUCACACCCUCAGUCAUCUCGGGUAGAGAUGAUGAAACUGCCAAUGAGGACCUUGUUUUCUUUAUCAGUCAACCCUUUGGGCCAGACGAAGGCUACAUCGUCAACCUUGAUGACCACACCCAUCCAAUAGAAUCCUUCACGCAGUAUGACCUGUCUAGAUUGAAUAUAGCAUACAAACCUCCCAGUGUCAGCUCACCAGACAGGCGUGUCUUUACGGCAGAGUUCACCGUAUAUGAUGCUUACUUUGCACAGAGUAAUCCUAUCAAUCUUAUGGUGUCAGUGAGGUCCACGGAAACUAAUGCUCCUAGAGUGUCGGUUAAUACUGGCCUCACCAUGUUAGAAGGACAGUCAAGGAUCAUCCGUCCAACAAAUCUUCAACUAGUGGACAAUGACAAUCUGAAUUUUGUUCGAGCCAAAGUGGUUGGUGGACUACGUCAUGGAAGGCUCUACAUCAAUGAACGUCCUGUCAUCAUGUUCUCAGCGGCAGAUAUCAAUUCCAAUACCCUCGUCUAUCGUCAUGAUGAUAGUGACACUCUAAAGGAUAGUUUAGAGCUGAGGAUCACAGAUGGACGGCACAACGUGAGGACAACCUUCCCUAUCAAUAUUCUUCCAAAGGAUGACAGUGCCCCUUACCUCAUCAACAAUGUCCAGUUUGAGCUCAAGGAAGGAAGGACUAUCCGCAUUACCCGCUUCAUGCUUGUGGCAGCUGAUAUGGACUCCAGCGAUGACUACAUUAUCUUCAGAAUCACGCAACCACCAGUAGCAGGUGAAAUCUUAAAGAAGUUCUCUGAAGACACAUUUGGUUAUCCUGUCACAGAGUUCACCCAGAGAGAUCUGUUCCGUGGUCUGAUCUACUAUCACCAUCUUGGCGGAGAGGUGUUCCUAGAUUCCUUCGAGUUAAUUCUCCUAGAUAACCAGAUACCUCCUAAUGAGUCUCCAAUACAGGUUGUGACGGCAAAGAUCAGCCCUGUACAUGACCUACCUCCAGAGAGGGUAUCAGGAUCAACACAGUCUUUGAUUGUGCGGGAAACAGAGAUUGCAUACAUCACCAAAAAUCAAUUGCACUUCACGGAUGCCGAGUCGACUGAAGAGCGUCUUCGCUACACCAUCACCACACCAUCUUAUAUUAUAGACACACACAGCCUGACAAAUGCUGGCAGGAUCAUCUCAACAGCUGAUGUUCUAUCUCCCGCCAAGGAUCCAAAUAUGCCAGCCAUUCGAACAUUCACCCAGGGUGAGAUAAACACGCACAACAUUGCCUACAUGCCACCCUUGAAAGAGAUUGGUCCAAACCCUGUACACAUCCGCUUUGUCUUCUCUGUAUCCGAUCCCUUUGGAAACAUUGUCCUAGGAGAAUUCUUUGACGUCACCGUCUUACCCGUCAACAAUCAGGAGCCAGUCCUACGUGUCAAUGACCUUACCGUCCGGGAGGGGCAAGACUUGACCUUUGACCCUGUGAGGUUCUCUGUAUCGGACAUGGAUACAGAGGCCAGAGAUCUGAUCAUCGGUCUGGUGGAGCUGCCUGAGCAUGGAAGGAUUCUCCUAGGUGGAGUCAACUUGACCGUCGGGAAUCGCUUCACCAUGGCUGAUGUUGCUGCAGGUAGGGUCAGCUAUGUGAGUGAUGGUUCUGAAUAUUCAAGUGAUCAGUUCACAUUGAGUUUAUCAGACGGUGUUCACUCCAUAACAGAGACCGUUGAUAUCAAUAUCAUACCAGUCAACGAUGAGAUACCAGCCUUGUUACCUGGUCUGGAGUCAGAACUGACUAUCCCAGAGGGAGGGAGUGUGACUAUUGGAUCAAACAUUCUAUCAGCCACGGACCCAGACACCAAUGACCUGCUGCUCCAUUACGUUGUAGUGAUGCACCCCCUCAGGGGUGUGCUCUUAAGAGAUGGGGUGAUUGUGAAUAGGUUUUCACAGAGGGAUGUUAACAGAGGAAAGAUAGUUUAUGAACACACUGGUGGUGAGACAGGACUUAGCAAUAUCCAAGAUGUGAUUACGUUCAUUGUGUCGGAUAAGAGCAUUCCAUCCAAUCCGGGUCUUCCGGUGAAAGAUGUGAUCAUCAACAUCGCCCCAUCUGAUGAUAGGCCUCCAAGGAUAGUCUUUGGGAAUCCUUUCUUUGUAGAUGAAGGUGAUAAAGUACCUCUGACCGUGGAUGUCCUCAGUGCCGUUGAUCGAGACUCUCCAUCAGAGCACCUGCAGUUCGUCAUCACACGCCAACCUGUCUGGGGCUUCCUGGAGAACAUCUUACCCACGCCUGGCUUUGAGAAGAGCAAUGCAGGUAAACCCGUCACCUCUUUCACCUUCAAGGAUAUCGCUGAUGGAAAUAUCAACUUCGUCCAGUCACUGUCCACUAGGCUGGAGCCUAUCAGCGAUUCCUUCUUGUUGUACGUGACCGAUGGAGAACACUCCUCGCCCAAUGUGACAUUCGUGGUGAACAUCACGCCUCAGAAUGAUGAGGUGCCGACGCUGACCGUCCGCAACUUCACGGUUCAUGAAGGGUCAUUCUUCAAGAUCAGGACGGAUACGAUUAACGCAAAUGACCUUGAUAUCCCGAUGGACAUGCUGAUGUUCUCUAUCUUGAGGGCACCAGAGCAUGGCAUGAUUAUAAAUAGAGUGCCCUCACUGGUGGAGAGUCCCAUCCCUGUCUAUGACUUCAAUCUCAACCAACUUCUCAAUACUCUCUCCCUGGCUUACGUCCAUGAUGGGUCUGAGUCGACAGAGGAUAGGUUUGUGAUACGUGUGACGGACGGGAAGCACACUGUUCGUAAAACGGUCAACAUCACCAUCAUCCCCGUCAAUGAUGAGAGUCCAGAGAUUGUCAAGAAUGCAGGCAUCAGGAUCAGCAUUCGUGAGAGUCGCAUUCUAUCUGCGGUCAUUCUCCGGACAGAGGAUAGAGACACACCUGAUGAUCAUCUCGUCUACACCUUGAACUCUCUGCCCAGGAGAGGCACCUUGCAGCGGAGGGUUGCUGAGGAUAGGUGGGAAGACAUCACAGACAUUCUCACCAACUUCACCCAGUGGGAUCUCAAUCAGAACUUGAUACGCUAUAUCCACUCAGCAAACUUGGGAUCCAAAGGCAUAGAUCGAUUCUAUUUCUCUGUUAGUGAUGGUAUCCACUCAACAGGAAAACAAAACUUCAGGAUCAUGAUCCAGAACACCAAACGUGAACCUCUCAUCAUCACCAACAAUGGUCUUCAGCUUGACGAAGGCCAGACAGUCAUUAUACCUCCAACUCUUCUAUCAGCAAACGAUAACAGUGGACAACUGACUGAUAUUGUUUUCAAUGUCAUAUCAUCACCCACACAGGGACACUUGGAGGAUGUUGCUCGGCCUGGUAUACCUCUUACAACCUUUUCUCAAAUGGACAUCUUGGGUCAAAGGUUGGUCUACAAACAUCUCAGGGUAGAUCAGAUUCACAAUGAUCAAUUCACGUUCAGUGUUACUAAUGGAUAUGAAAUUCGCAAUGACACAUUCCAGAUUGUAGUAAAUCCUGUUGAUAAUAUGUUACCAGUACUAAUGGCCAAGGAGCAAAUGACUGUAGCGCAGAAUGGAUUCCAGAUCAUUUCUCUCUCACAGCUGCACGCUCUUGACCCAGAUACCCCAGCAUCAAGUGUUUUCUUUGUCAUCACCCAAAUGCCUCUUUUCGGAACCCUCUUGAUCGGUGGCUUACCAGUUGAACAAAGCUUCACCCAACAGGAUAUUGAUAAUUACGAUAUCUCAUAUCGUCAUGACUUUGGACAAUCGCAAACAGACGAGUUCUAUUUCGUAGUCGAAGAUGGCACCAAUAGGGGAUUUUUAACCGGUGACAACAUUCGCUACGAGCCGGUGCGCUUCCAGAUCAACAUCAACAUUGUGGAUUCCUCACCACCGGAUCUCAUCACCAACGUGGGUCCCACCAAGAUGCAGACGAUGGUCGACAGGACCGGUUUCGUCUUCUCCAACAUGAAUCUUCAGGCCAUUGAUGACUGUGCAGCUGAUGAUGUGACCUACUCUGUGAUCAAGGAUCCCAUGUUUGGUCAUCUGGAGUACGUAGAUACUUUCCAGAGGGUGCAAGGACGCUUCGUACAGAUGGAUAUUAACAACAAGAGAGUGAUGUAUGUGAUGAGGGACAACGCUAGAGCAGCAAAUGACAGCUUUAUGUUUGAUGUCUGGGAUUGCCAUGAAAACAGCUUGAAAAAUCAAAGGUUUUCUAUGCACUGGUCUGUGGUGAUGUUCUCUCGUCCUCAAUUCAUGGUCUGUGAGUCCGAUGGUCUGCUCUCCAUUCCAAUUAUCCGAAUCGGCAACCAGCGUCUGUCUUCCUUCGUCAGCAUAGAGCUCCAGGACCUGACUGCUACCGCUGGCCUGGACUACCAACCCAGCAGGGCUAGGCUCCUCCAGCUGGAUCCAGCAGUUACCACGGUGACGUGGGGUGCUGUCCUGAUAGAGGAUGGUCUGGAGGAGACGAGGGAGAGGUUCAGGGUGACUCUGGUUGAUCCAGUCAAUGCGGUGAUUGGAGAUUAUAACAGGCUUACAGUAGUUAUCAAGGAUGCCAAGGAUGGUGUGUGCAAGAGUAACCCUACAGAUCCUAGACCUGCAGUUGAUACUCCAGGAUGCUGUGUAGAUCAACCAGGAAUAGUGGAUCAUCGGCUAGUUCCAGUACCAGGGAUACCACCACAGGAUACCUACCCUUACAAUCCAGAUGCUGGACCUGGUCCUUACAACCGUGGUGAAGGGCCAGGUCUGUACAACCCUGGAGUUGGACCAGAUGGUGGUCCAAUUCCUGGACCUGGUCCUUACAACCCUGGUGAAGGGCCAGGUCUGUACAACCCUGGAGUAGGACCAGAUGGUGGACUAGGUCCUGGGCCUGGUCUGUACAACCCUGGGGUAGGACCAGAUGGUGGGCCUAAUUCUGGACCAGGUCCUUACAACCCUGGAGAAGGCCCGUUUCCUAGACCAGGUCCAUAUGACCCAUUCCAACCUGGAGUAGGUGACCCAAUUUUUGAUGAGGGCAGUCUAGUUGAUGCUGAUCCUGCCGUUAAUGAUGGACCGGGAGCACCUAGGAUUGACCAACAGCAGUUUGAUCCUUACGCAGAAGAGACCUGGUACCGCUACCCAUUUGGAGUGGGUUAUGACGGCACGGACGGGACUCGCUAUGAAGGGCAACAUGGAUCACAACCUGUUUAUGUUGAGCCACUACCCGAUCAGAAUUGCUGUGAGGAUGGAUUAGUUUCCCAGGGGGCUGUGACACCACAGGGUGGUCCUGAUCCUAACUUCAAUCCAAAUCAGUAUGGCAGUCAGUAUCCGAUUGGUAACCCCAAUCCAUACCCACAAGAUCAGCCUGCUUCCCCAGGAAAUCCUCCAAGCCCUGGCUCAGCAACUAGUUUUGAGCAACCCUUUGUCCCUUCGGGUGCAGGAGGCUACCCCCCACCCCAGGGAGCAGUGGAACCUGCCCAGCCUCCGCAUGCAUCUGAUGGGGAUGUUAGACUGUACCAUGCUACCUUAGGGGGUGGUGAUGGUCAAUCACAGGUUGUACCCAUAGUACUAGCAGAAAAUCGACCAGGACAGUUGGAGCAGGAUCAACCACCACAGACAGAUGUGAGCAACGUAUUUUUGCCAACCGUGGUCCGAGGAGUCCAGAGGCCCAUACUGACCCCUGCAGCGCCCUCUGGUGGUGGAUCCCCUGUGAAUCAGAGACGACCUGCUCUAGGUCAAGGCAACACUCAGGUGACUGCGGACAAUCAGCCCCCUCCCGGUGCCCAGUCCACAUUUUCUUUCCCCUGCUCCUCGGCUAACAUAGGAGAGAUACGACAGGACACAAAUUCUGGGAGCUUAGCUAAGUGUGAUGGCAACUACUGGAUGGAGUUUGAUAUAUCACAGCUUGUAAGAGCAAUUACUGGUACUGCUUACGACAAUGGGCAGUGUGAAAGAGGCUGGAGCUACCAUAACAGCAGGUGUUUUCUGAUAUCAAGACACCCUCAAUCAUGGAAUGAAGCUCAAAGGAUAUGUAGAGAACGGUACAACGGUAAUUUGGCUAGCAUCCUGUCUAAGAGAGAGCUGAAAUGGCUUGGUGAUUUACUGAGUGAAGAACCUGCUUGGAUAGGUCUAAAUGACAAGCAAGUUGAGGACCAAUGGGAGUGGGUGUCAGGAGACCCUAUCACCUUCUCAAGAUGGUCUCCGUCGGCUCGGACCUCAAACCGUAGUGAUCGAUACGACUGUACCUACAUCACAGCUAGACUACGAUGGAUAGACAAGGACUGUGAUCUCACUGCUAAGAGCUAUGUAUGUAUGAAGAAUGCUGAGUGAUAGGGGAAUACCCUGAGUGGGGGGGGGGGGGGGAUUCCCCUCAUAGGGAAAUACCCCAACAGGGGAAGCCCCAUCACCAGUUUGGCUAGUCAGAAAUGAUUCACCAUCAUUCCAAGUAUAUCUGUUAGUCUAUUAAACCUAUUGUAAAUCCUGUAAUAGCUUCAUAAUACCCCAGCCACACUGCCUGUAGUCACAUGAAACUGACAGAUAAUGGACAGAUUCUGAGCCAUUGGGUUGUGAUGUUGGUUUACUAUUAGUUUCGUGUUGGUCAAUAAUGGGUACCUUCAGUGUGACUUGGGUAUGAUAUAAUGUCAUUGCUGUACAUCAAGUUGGAAAGAAUGAUUAAUCAAUCGUUAGAAAGAUCACUUCUUUUCAUCUGGAGGCUGCAGUACAGUAAAUCAUACUUGUUUAUAUCAUUUAUAUGACAUGGCUUAACUACCAAUUAUCGCAGAUUGCUCUCUCAAACUUGGAACACAUUAAAGUAAUAUAAUGCAAAUAUAUUUGUCUAUGCAAUACUAAGCAAAGCAAGCAUACUGUAUCCCAAUUUUAUGUAGUUACAAAUGCUGUGCCUUUAGUAUUAUUAUGCAAGAACUCUGGAGUAGUUCCCUAUUUUUUAUCUGUAAUUUGUAAUGACUGACGUGCCAGUAGAUCUUUUGAAAGACUUUUGAUAAAGAAAUGAAUAUUUUUGAUAAUUGUUUAAAUAUGUCUUUAGAAUAAUGUUAUACUUGUUCUUAGGAUGCCUUCAUUAAAUAAUGAUUCAUUUCACCUUUGUUGACAAAUUUUUGAAGUCUAUUUUUAUAUUCUCCAUAUACCUUUGUCAUAUAAGUCAGAAUAUGCAUGAAUAACUUUUAUAAAAACAGUUUUGGUGCUAUGCAUGUAUGUUCUGUCCUAUUAAAAGUAAAAAAACUUAUGUGAAAAUCAUGGUGCUAAUGUUUUUAUCAACACUGCCAGACAAUCUUUUUUAACCUACACCUGUAAUAUAUAUGUAGAGAUAAGUUUUUAAACAUGUACUUAACAUUUUUUAAAGAUGUACUUAACAUUUGUAAUAAUGAGCUGAGUGGCUUAAUCAUUUUUAUACCAGUAAAUGUACAACUGAAGUGAAUGUACUGUAAUUUACAUUCUCUACACAAUAGUUCCAGAUGAUAAAUAAUAGUGCCCUAAGUAGAAGUUCCUAUAUUUCUUGUUGUCAUGUGUAGCUUUGCUAGCUUAAAUGUGAAGCUUUUGCAAUGGACAUUGCCAUGACAAUUGAAAAGUCAAUAUUAAUUUGGCCAAGAGAUAUCGGCCCCUGGCGAAAUUAUGUUUUAAACUAAAAUAGAAUGUUAUAGCUUCUUGUUCUGUAGUUUUUGUUUUUUGUUAAUAUAUUUUAAUAUACAUGUGUUGAGUAUCGUCAUGAUUGUUGAUCAGUAAGCUUCUACAUGUAGAUAUAUGUGAAGUCUUAAUAGUGGCCUUGCUGUGUUCCUUGUAUGUUAGGAAUUACAGUUAACCUAGUGUAAGUAGGCCUUGUGCAAGUUUUAUAACUCAAAAUUUAGCUUUCAUUAGAGAGAGAGAAUUACCAGUUUAAAGAAAAGGUUGAGUUUUGGGAAGAGGUGAAAAAUAAUUUGUGAGCAUUAUCAUUGUUAUUAUGCAAGUGUGGAAGAACAUCAGAUAAAGAAUUUCUCCUGAAAAGGAUGGCUUUUCAAAUGCCUUAAUAUUCUAAAUAUGGCAUGUAACAGCAUAAAAAUCUAGACAGAUUUUUAUGCCUUAUGU